AUGACUUCACCGAGAAUUCCGUUGUAUCGCGUUAAAGGUACACAUUAUGACUGUGCACGUGCUAUAGGAAUAGUAGCAUGUGAAGCAAUUCGUCAGCGUAUUGCUGAUGAUCCUAUUUUCUCAAAUUUAUUUACUUUUGUACGAACUGAUUAUGGUCAUAAAUUACAACAAGGCUUCAUUGAAAGAACACGUUCAUUAUAUCCAUGGUAUUGGGAUGAAAUUCGUGGUUUAGCUGAUGGUUCAAAAGUCCCUUUCGAACAAAUACUUGUUCUAAAUUUUUUCAAUGAAGCUCGAGCAGCUAAUCGUUUAUUUGAAGAAAAGAAAAAAUUAAUGGAAAAAAAUCAACAAAUAGAAAAUGAAAUGGGUGAAAAAGGUUGUACAACUGUAUUAAUUAAUCGAAAAGAUACAAAUACAUUAUCAUUAGUACAUAAUGAAGAUCAUUCACCAGCAUUAUAUAUGACAAGUUAUCUUAUGGAAGCCGAUAUUCAAUCAAGUAAAUAUGAUGAUGGUAAACGUGAAAGUCCAAAUGAAAAAUUUAUUGCUCAUUGUUAUGCUGGUUCUCUUCCAGGAGUUGCAUUUGGUAUAAAUAAACAUGGUUUUGCAUAUUCAUUAAAUGGUCUUUAUCCAAAUUUUGUUGGAGAUAAUCGUUUACCACGACAAGUAAUUAAUCGAGCAUUACUUUCAAUUCAAAAUGAAGAUGAAUUAGAUAAAUUACUUAAAACAAUACCUGUAGCAUUUGGUUUUUGUAUUAAUGGUGGUUUUAUUCAUCAAUCAAAACAUUUAUUUAAUUAUGAAAUAGGUCCUAAUUUAAAUAUUGAUAAUGAAAAUUAUAUUAGUAAAUGUUUUAUAAUUAAUAAUGAAGAAAAUUUUGAAAAAACAAAUAAAUGUUUAAUAGCAUUUAAUUAUCUUAUUCAUUAUAAUCAUUAUGAACGUUUACAUAAUGUUAUUUCUCAACAAAAACAACUUGAAUCAUCAUAUACUCGUUGGAAACGUGGUCGAGAACUUGGUGAAAUGUUUACUAUUCAUGAUGCUAUAUAUUUAUUAGGUGAUGAUCAAAAUCCAAAAUUUCCUAUAUUUCGUGUACGAAAUGCAGGAGAAGAUGCUAAUGCUGUAACACUCUGUACAGCACAUAUUAAUUUUUUAACAUUAGAACUUACUAUUUAUGAAAGUAAUCCAAAGGAGAAUGAUCAACCAACACUUAUUUAUAAUUUAACUAAAUUAUUGGCUUAA